UUUUCACCACAUAUGCAUCUUAUAUAUAUUUAUCUCUUUUACUAAAGGAGAGCAAAUAGUUAGGAAGAUGUUUGAACUUUCCCACCAAAAAGGGAGCUUCUUAUAUUUGUCCAUGUACUAUAAGUUUAAUCUGUAAAUACCUUUUCUUCUUUAUGGUGUUUUCUCUUUGCUUGCCGAUUCUAGCUUCCUCCUAGUUUCUCCUUUCUCAAGUUUUCUUAUAUUCUUCUCAUACAUGUCUUCGCGUCCCCUCUCUCUCCCAUCCCAAGAAAUCUUUGAUUCUAUGAUUCUCCUUUUGUCCUCUUCAUCUUUGUAUAAAUAUUAUAUAUCUACACCUGAGAGGGAACUUCUUCGCAACCAUUCUAUCUUUCUUCUACCAUAUCCCAAGACUACCCGACAAGUCUCUCUCUCUUUUCAAGAUCUUCAACUACACAAGGAACAAAUAAAGAAAUGGCUCACAUUGUUGCUCGUCGAUAUUUUCAGAUCAUGCUUCUAUGUCUUCUAAUCAGUUCACCUCUAGAUGUUAUAGCUCAGGGAGGACAAGCUGGUGAUAUACCAGUGGUUAAUCCUACAUCUCCAGGUGGCGAUACCACCACACCAACCAUUACCCAACCAUCACCGCCUUCCUCAACGUUUCCAGGUCCAGUCACAAACCCAAAUCCACCAACUGGUGGCUAUCCACCGUUAGAUGGUACAACACCAACCGGUGGUGGCUAUCCACCACUUGAUGGUACCACACCGACCGGUGGCGGCGGCUAUCCACCACUUGAUGGUACUACACCAACAGGUGGUGGUGCACCUGGUGGUGGAGGUGGAGGUGGCGACACUGGUCCAGGUGCUGGUGGCGGUGGUGCACCUGGUGGAGGCGGAGGUGGUGACACCGGCGCAGGUGGUGGCGGUGGUGCACCUGGUGGAGGUGGCGGUGGUGCACCUGGUGGAGGCGGAGGUGGUGACACCGGCGCAGGUGGUGGCGGUGGUGCACCUGGUGGAGGCGGAGGUGGUGACACUGGUGGAGGUGGUGGUGGCGGUAGUGGCCAGUGGUGUAUAGCUAAAGCAAAUGCUUCGCCAACAUCAUUACAGGUGGCUUUGGAUUACGCUUGUGGGUAUGGAGGAGCUGAUUGCGGCCAGAUCCAGCAAGGUGCAAGCUGUUACGAGCCUAACACUAUUCGUGAUCAUGCUUCAUUUGCUUUUAAUAGUUAUUACCAGAAGCAUCCUGGUUCAGACAGCUGCAAUUUUGGAGGGGCUGCACAACUUACCAGCACAGAUCCAAGUAAAGGAAGCUGUCGCUUCUCAGCAUCAUCAGGAACAGUCAGCACAAGCCCGCCGAGCCAACCGAGUCCACCAGAUUUUAACUCCCCACCUUCUACUUCUACCUUCCCACCGCCAAUAACAACUCCAACUACAGGCAUGCCUGGUUCAGGACCACCCUUCGGCGUGGCAGAGCCAACGGGGCUUCCGAGUUCAGCAACUCAUGCGUCGCAUAGCUUCAUUUCAUUUUUUACAGCAGUUGGGAUACUACUACUGAGGCAAUAUUAUCUUUAAACAGACAGAGGGUCUCAGGGUUUCAAUCAUUCCCUGCAAAUUACGAAGCCGUGAUCAGCAAGAAGAUUUAUAAUCCAAGACCACCUUUACUCUCAUCAUCUUUUCUCUUGAUAUAGUUCAUAAAUAUAUUUAUUUAGUAGGAGAUAUUACAAAAUCAAAGGGCUUAGAUUAUUAUAAACAUUCUUGUAGACACGUUAAGCGUAAUGUACCUCUCCACAGUUUUAGAGAAUAAAAAUACUUAGGGAGCUGAUAAAAAUGACAAAAAGGGGAAUGCUAUAGAACUAAUAAUAUGAAAGCUACUUCAUAUUGAGAGACGAGCUCCACAUAGAUAUGAGGUCGCCUUCUUGUUUCCCUCUGCACACAUAGAUGGAGCCAAUGAGUCUUGACUAAAUAGAAGAAAACCCUCAUCUCUAAUACUAAAACUCUAACCUUGCAAUCGCCAAGAGUAACGCGAUGAAUGGCAGUUCAAGUUCACCUAUAAAACAACAUUCCUAAAGAGUAACUACAAGCAAAGAUAACAAACUUCUGCUGAUUCAAGACCUGAUCAAACAUAAAUGCAGAUUCAAGACCUGAUCAUUAUUAUUAACCUAAAAGUCAAGGAAAUCCAGAUCCUUAGUUUCCUCAACGAUAAUCUAUAAAGAACAAAACACAACAACAUAGCUUCUCAUUCCCAGGAACAAGUCUAAAAGAUCAUCUCUAGCGGUUAUGCAGUAUUAACUUCACUUGAGGAUUAACCACAGCUAAAAGUUUUAUUUGGGCCUAUUACUUAAGCCCAUAAUUUAGAAGAGCAGGCCCAUAUGUAAAGCGGCGACGAAUAAUGAGUGGGAGACACAAACCCUAAGAAACUAAGCAGUCUUCUGCCUCUAUAUAAAGUUCAAAAACCUUCAUGUUCUCUCCAAGCUACUGACGGCUUGAAAAUCCUAAUUUUACUGUGUCUAUCUCCUAAGUAGGAACCUUAGCUCUAGUUCUGUAGCUAGAUGUCUUUCGUGGAUCUUUUUAUUUUAUUUGAUUUGUUCGGUAUUGAAGAAAGUGAUGAUAAGGAAUUGUCGCCCCAGUCUUACUUAAAACAUGGUGAUUGACUACUUCUGUCUGAUUCUCAUAGAUUUUCAUCUUUUAUUGUUAGCUAGUUCUGUCUUUUGAUCAUUGUAUAUGGAUAUGAUGAAAUGGCAUAAAUGUUUUGUGACACCCAGUCUGAUCUGCUUCGGCAGAGUGAGUGAUUUGCCAUAUUCUCUGAUCCAUAAUCAUUAAUAGAAUUACUUUUGUCAAGUUCUGUUCUAGUUUUAAUUUGUGUUUUCAAGUCGAGAGGAAUGAGGAUUAUUAUUACCAUACGUCUGCAAAUCUGAAACAAAGUGUUGAUCUUUAGACAUGCACUACCAUCUGACCUCUUCUUAAAAGCUUUCUUGUUGUUUUCAAUCUUUUUUUUUUUAAUGCAAUCAAUGAUGAAUAAAAUCGUCCAUAUUUAAUGAUAAUUCAGUGAUUAUUAAACACUAGAUCACCAUCUUUCGGCUGAGAUUGCAGUUUUUAAUUAAAUCUUUGAUUUAGUUUUUUGUGUUAUUGUUAAUAGAUUGCCUAAUGGUAUCUGAUGUCCAAACUUAUAAAUGUAGUUGGACAUUUCGUUUUUCAUAGGCAGAAAGUUAAUGAACAGGCCUUUGCGACACUGCUAGCUUAUCACAUAAGCUACCUGUUACUUUUUAACCUGUUUAUAUUCAACUAACCUAUGUUUUCUUGGUAUCAUAUUUUCUUUUUUCCGGUCAGUUUGAUAAAGUGCCUAAUAAUUGCAUAAUUAUUAUUAUUCCUGUUUGUAUUUAUAUGUAAAUGUUCUGUCCAGUUCUUUUGUUGGCUGCAAUUUCACCAGUGAUGUAAAAUUGUUCCAGGUCUGAUACUUCUAAACGUAUACAAUAAACUGAAAAGAUCCUUUCUGGAUGUUCCCAGAAGCACAAUAUUUAUGUUAUGGACCAAUGGUAGACACUGUGAUCUCAAUAAGUAAUAUUAAUUGAUCAAUGUUUGUUCA